AUGCCUGAAAACGCUCAGCAGGCUCCAGCUGUGGCUCCGGCACCCUCAAAAUCAAAACACGGUGCUACAUCCCAAGCUCCACCCGCACCGAGGAAAGUUAGAUUUAACGUCGGUACUCAGUAUCAGGUUCUCGAUGUCGUAGGCGAGGGUGCAUAUGGUAUCGUCUGUUCAGCUGUUCACCGGCCCAGUGGCCGCAAGGUUGCCAUCAAGAAGAUCGCACCCUUCGAUCAUUCCAUGUUCUGCUUACGGACACUCCGAGAACUAAAACUCCUCAAAUUCCUUAGUGAAGCUGGCGUAAGCGAGAAUAUCAUUUCAAUUUUGGACAUCAUCAAGCCUCCCUCUCUAGACGCUUUCAAAGAAGUGUAUUUGAUCCAGGAGCUGAUGGAAACAGAUAUGCACCGCGUUAUCCGAACGCAAGACCUCUCAGAUGACCACGCUCAAUAUUUCAUUUAUCAGACCCUGCGAGCACUCAAGGCUCUACAUUCUGCUGAUGUCAUCCACCGUGAUCUUAAACCCUCAAACCUCCUUCUUAACGCAAACUGUGAUCUCAAGGUCUGCGACUUUGGGCUGGCACGAUCAGUAAAGACUGCCGAACCAUCAGGGACGGAAACUGGGUUUAUGACGGAAUAUGUUGCUACACGGUGGUACCGAGCUCCUGAGAUCAUGCUGACGUUCAAGCAAUAUACUAAAGCUAUCGACGUCUGGUCUGUGGGGUGCAUCUUGGCUGAGAUGCUCUCCGGAAAGCCUCUGUUCCCCGGUAGAGAUUACCACCACCAGCUCACUUUAAUCUUGGAUGUUCUCGGCACACCAACGCUGGACGAAUUUUACGCCAUUACCACACGCAGAUCGCGAGAUUAUAUUCGAGCUCUUCCUUUCCGCAAACGCCGGCCAUUUGCGCAAAUCUUCCCCAAUGCCAAUCCUUUGGCUGUAGACUUCCUGACGAAGACUCUCACAUUUGAUCCCAAGAAACGCAUAACAGUUGAAGAGGCUUUGGCUCACCCAUAUCUUGAAGCAUAUCACGAUCCCGAUGACGAACCAGUUGCACCACCGCUCGACCCGGAAUUCUUCGAGUUUGACCUACACAAGGACGAUAUCAGCCGUGAACAGCUCAAAGAGCUCCUCUACGAAGAGAUCAUGUCCUUCUGUCCCGCUCCAAUCACCUAA